UGAUUUUGCAUUUCUGGGCCAUGGCUGUCAAUCACUGUAAAUAAAACAGUUUUCCUCCCUGUCAGCUCAUGCACACUGCUUUGGAUGAUUGUACACAAACACAGACAUCCAAAGCAGUGUGCUUACAGUGAAGCACAGGGACACAUGCCCCAUAGUAAAACACACCCAGCACACAGUUAACCCUUUUGAUCGCCCCUCAUGUUAACCCCUUCCUGCCCAGUGCCAUUAGUACAGUGUCAGUGCUUUUUUUUUUUUAGCACUGAUCACUGUAUUGGUGUCACUGGGGAUGUCAGUAACCCCAGUCAGUUCCCCCCCGUGUCAGAAUGCCUGCCUCAGUCUUGCUAU